CUCGCUGCGGCUUUUUCGGUUGGAUCUGCUGGUCGGCUGUUGGGACUUCGUACGGUAGGUGGAGUUCGCUUUGCUUUCUGCUCCGCGGGACCAGGCUUCUGCUGCGAUGUUGAAUCGGAGCUGAAAUAACAUACUUCCUGACUUGGAUACAUCAAAGGCAUGGAGCUCCACAAAUCUGUGACCUUGUGGGUGUUUUUUUUGUGCUUGAUUGGAGAAAGCAGGACUGAAAAACAAGUGGACGGUCAGACAUCUGAUAAUGGUUUGUCAGAUUUUUGCCGCUUCGACGAGCUGCUGUGCAAAGACGAAAAUGCUCGCCUAAGCUUCGAGGCCAUCCGCAGCAUUCAUAAGCAGAUGGAUGAUGACGCUAACGGCAACGUAGACAUAGUGGAGACAGACGGCUUCCUCAGAGAGGAUCUGAACUACCAUGACCCCAAGGCGAAGCACAACACCUUCCAUGGUGAUGACCAGUUCAUCAGUGUAGAAGACCUGUGGAAUGCAUGGAAAGGUUCUGAAGUGUAUAACUGGACAGUGGAUGAAAUGGUGAAAUGGCUCAUCACUUGCGUGGAACUACCACAAUAUGUGGAUGCAUUUCGGAAGAUGAAUUUUAAUGGAAGUACCAUGCCAAGGCUUGCUGUAAAAAACACCACCCUGACACUGUCUAUUCUGAAGAUUUUGGAUCGCAGCCAUGUCCAAAAAUUACAGCUAAAAGCCUUAGACACCGUGCUUUUUGGAGCGCCCUUGAUGAACAGGCACAACCACUUGAAGGACUUCAUGCUGGUUGUGUCAAUAGUAAUUGGAAUGGGAGGCUGCUGGUUUGCCUACAUACAGAACCGCUACUCAAAAGACCACAUGAAGAAGAUGAUGAAAGAUCUGGAGGGCCUGCAGAGAGCUGAGCAGAGUUUGCAUGACCUACAGCAGAAGCUGCAGAUUGCACAAGAGGAGCAUCGGACAGUCGAAGUGGAGAAGGUAAACCUGGAACAAAAGCUGAGGGAUGAGAUAAACGCUGCUAAGCAGGAGGCUUCACGACUGAGGGAACUGAGAGAAGGGACCGUAAAUGAGUUGAGUCGCCAAAAGUAUGCGGAGGAGGAGCUCGAACAGGUGCGUAUGGCCCUGAAAAAGGCAGAGAAGGAGCUGGAGUCCCGCUGUAGCUGGUCACCACCCGAGUCUCUCCAAAAGUGGCUGCAGCUCACCCAUGAGGUGGAGGUGCAGUACUACAACAUCAAGAAGCAAAGUGCAGAACGGCAGCUUCUCAUGGCCAAAGAAGGGGCAGAGAAGAUAAAGAAAAAGAGGAACACUCUCUUCGGGACCUUCCACGUGGCUCAUAGCUCUUCACUGGAUGACGUGGACCACAAAAUCUUGGCAGCAAAACAAUCCCUUGGUGAAGUGACAGCCGCUCUGCGAGAGAGGCUGCAGCGCUGGCACCAGAUAGAGUUCCUGACGGGCUUCGCCAUCGUCAACAACCCCGGGCUUUCUUCGCUGAUCGCGGCCCUCAACCUUGAUCCCACCUUUAUGGGCGGCAGGGCCACACCUCAGCACUUCCCCAUGUCCGACGACAUGGAUGAGCUGGAUGAUUGCGUCAUGCCUGGAAUUCUACAAUAUGGCGGCCAACAUCUGGAGCGGCGAGCCAGUGACUUGUGGUCCACUGCUUCAGACUGUACCUACAUAAGGAAAUAUCGUGCUCCCAGUAUGGUGUCUCUGCGGAAACCCCACAUUGAUCCCCAGCUGGCCGCGGGCUCCCAAAGAGACCUAAAUCGCUCCGACUCCGAUUCCUCACUUUCCCUCUCCCAUUUUGGUGAACGGUUGUCCUCCGCCAGUUCCAGAGGCCACCACGUCAAACCCGUUUCUUUCAUGCACGGCCAUGCAGACGACACUGUGUCACUGCACUCCUUGAGUCACAACGGAGGAAACCGCAUUCUGGAGGAAGCCGCCAAAGAGACACUCUGCGACAGUCCAAUUCUCAUGAAGAAAUUUUACGACAUGGAGGAGUCGCCCAGCCUGGGGGACAUUCACAGCUUUUCAGAGUCGUCCCGCUCUUUCAGUCCUAACUCUACCGAUCCUGAUACACCAUCGCCAUCAGGAGGGCAGAUCGGGAUCAUAGGGGCCAAAGGCAGCACCCGCAUCCCACAGUUAUCCUCCAAGAAGAGUCCUCUGGAGGAGGACAGCGCCUCAACGGGAGAUGACACAGAUUCCAAUGCUAGUCGCAAGAAACUCCCCUUCAAGAUCUUUAAGAAACCAAGAAAUAAGAACUAAACUCUAUGAACUAAGGGAUGUCAGAGCUGCUUGACUGUAUUUCCUGUCUAGUCUGUUGGUGUCUUGAAGUCUCGGACGUCAGUUUUGGUCAAAUGGUGGCACACAUUGUUACCAUUGCGUUCAGUUGUAGGUUACACCUGCUUUGUGGGAGCAACCAGCUGUUCUUCUCGAGCUGCUUAUGGGGGUUAUUGUUGAGUUUGAGGACAGGGAGCAGAACUGUACAUUUGAAUGAAUGUAAAGUAUUAUUUAUUCCUGCAGAUUCCAGUCUGAACAGUUUUCCCUCCGUUUUUUCUUUCUCAUUCUGAAAGCUAUAGCAAUUUUUUGCAUGUCUUUCACUUUGGUUUGACUGCUAUGCCAAUGCUCGUGGUGUUUUGUUUUUUCGUUGUUUUUUUUGGUCGAUAACCUGCUUAGAAAAACACUUGAUGUUACUUUAAUGUGUACUACCUAUUCUACAAAACCGAACUGUACGUGUACUUCCCGCUUUCCCCCUUCCUUUUUUUCUUCUUUGAUGGGUACAAGUUUAUGUUUCUUUGUGUUUGCAAAAAAAACAAAAAUUCAGGGGAACUUUAAACAGAGCAGUGAUGGUUAAACACACACACACACACACACACACACUUAACUGUAAAAGUAUUAUUUCAAUAUUGGCUUUUUAGCAUAUCGGUAAUCUAAAAAGCACACCAUUUUGUAAAGAUGAAAGCAGAACAAUCAAACAGAAGAUUUCCUUUUUUUAUUCUACGAUUUUAAUUGUUUUUUAUUUCAUUAGCUAUUUUUACAUUUACCAACUGCAUUGAAUGAUGUACAACUCUUAUGUAAAAAGGUACAUUUGAAAUAAUGGAUAUGGAAAUGGAUAAAUAAGUAAUCAAGGAUGUCCUUUUAUUACUAAAAGAAAAAAGAGAGAUAAUGACAUAGUUUUUGUUUUAUUAUCCCCCCACAUUUUUCAGUUUGUGCAAAAUGUUGAAAGUCAAAUUAGCCUCUUCUCUCCCUUGUGUAGCUGUUUGCGCUUUACUUUUAAGUCAUAGGUGGGUAUUAAAAGCUGCACAGCAGGUUGUCGGUAAGGGCUACAGUUACAGAGAAAAUCUUUUGUGCAAGUUAGAACUAUUCAAGUUUAAACCACUUCAGUUUUCUUAGAAGUUAGGAAAGGAAAAAAACAAUUAACAACAAAAAAAUAAAGUGCCAAAUUCCCGCCUUUGUCAGAGGCCUUUCUAUUUGUCGUGUGUCAACCCCCUUGAGCCAAUUUUAAAAAGUGCAACAUGGCCAGUACUGUAAACUUCAUUGCCGAAUGUUCUAUGGUAUUUUUUUUUUUUCCUGUAAUGGUAUCGUCAGUAAAGCUUGUUUUCAUGUGUUGCAGAUGAUUCCUAUCUUUGGGUUUCAAAAGAAAAAGGAUCUUGUGCCAGUUUUUAUUGAGUUGCUUAAUUUAAGCACAAAACUAUGCAUAUGUAGUUCUAGGCUAUGUAGUAGGGACGCCAGUACUUUUAGGGUGCUCCUGGUAAAUGAACAACCAAAAAGUGCUGCAGAAGACACAGUCGUCUCCACAUUGCAUCAUAAUGUAACAGGUGGUCAGAAUGUAACAGACAUUUAAGAAACCAGCGAAAAAAGAAAAAAAAAAGACAAGUGUCCUACUACUUUUUUUAAACUCCUUUGUACCAUAUUCGCACGACGGCUGUAACACAGUGUGUGUGUGUGUGAGAGGGCGUGAGUGACGGUCUCCUCCCGGUAUAAUGCACUGUAAUGUUGAUGCAUGUCAACUGUCCUAAUGAAACCUGUCGCGGGUUCAAAAUGGAGUUGAAGGCUCUUUGACUUUUUGCUUCUUUCCGAGCUUCUAUUUAAAGAUACAAGCAAGUAUAUUUGUACAGAGAAAGUAAUUUUGCAUCUACUGUGGUGGUUUGGACUUUAAUGGCACUCCUGCAUGAAAGCAAUAAACUAUUUUGAAUGAAA